AUGACAUUUUCUAAACUCCUUAACACAAAAUAUUCAAAACUUUGUUUGCAGACCGAUGAAGAUAUUCCAUAUGAAGAGGAUAUUCUGAAGAAUCCCACAUCGUUACGCAGUUGGCAGCGAUAUAUCGAUCACAAAAAGAAAACCAACGCACCAUGGAGGCAGACGUGUCAGAUUUACGAGCGAGCCUUGAAAGUGUUCGACCGGAGCUACAAGUUGUGGUAUAACUACCUGCGUUUUCGGCAUCGCGUUAUAGCCAACAAAGCACCCACGGAUAUCUCUUGGUCCCAUUUAUGUGAUGCCUACGAAAGAUGUCUUAUUCAUAUGCAUAAGAUGCCUCGAAUAUGGAUGGACUACUGUACAGUGAUGACGAAGAGGCGGGUGAUUACGGAUUGCCGUCGGGUUUUUGAUAGGUAUCUGAAAUUAAAUCCGCGCGGUCGGGAAGACUUUGUGGAGUAUCUGAUCAAGAUUGAUCAACUCGAUGAAGCAGCUCGCCAGCUGGUUACUCUCGUAAAUGAGGACAUGCCCGUAUCAGACAAGGGAAAGACGGUCCAUCAGCUCUGGGCAGAACUUUGCGAACUGAUAUCAAAAAAUCCAAAGAAGGUCCACUCGUUAGAUGUGAACGUGAUUAUGAGGCAGGGCAUUCAGAAGUAUUCCGAUCAGGUGGGCGUGCUUUGGUGUUCGUUUGCUGAAUACUACAUCCGAGCUGGACAGUUUGAAAGAGCACGGGAUAUCUAUGAAGAAGCCAUGAUCUCUGUAAAGACUGUGCGUGAUUUCACCCAAAUUUUCGAUGCCUAUGCCGCUUUUGAAGAGCGGAAUACAGCAGCACGAAUGGACAAUUUGGCUGAGCCACCGAACGAGGAGGAUGAACUCGAACUCGAAUGGCUUUUUGCGAGAUUUGAACAUCUUAUGGCUCGUCGACCGUUGUUGCUGAACAGUGUGUUGCUUCGACAAAAUCCUCAUAAUGUUCACGAAUGGCUCAAUAGAGUCGCUCUUUAUGAAGGGCAACCCGAAAAGCAAAUUGACACCUACCUGGAAGGUGUCCGUACAGUGAAACCGAAGAUGCAGGUGGGAAAACUGUGCUCCCUGUGGAUAUCGUUUGCAAAAUUCUACGAAAAUGCUGAUCAAUUGGAAGACGCUCGAAGUAUUUUCGAAAAAGCCACUCAAAUUCCGUAUGCAAAGGUGGAUGAAUUGGCCACUGUAUGGUGUGAAUAUGCCGAACUGGAGUUGCGACACAAAUCAUCCGAUCGGGCCAUUACCGUAUUGCGACGUGCAUGUGCUCCACCGCCACGUAAAACAAAUUACUUUGACGAAACGGAAACCGUUCAAAUGAGAGUUCAUAAAAGUCUUCGAGUAUGGUCGAUGUAUGCAGAUCUAGAGGAGAGCUUUGGAACGAUUGAUUCGUGCCGAGCCGUAUAUGACCGAAUUCUGGAUCUUCGGAUAGCAACCCCUCAAAUAGUCAUCAACUAUGCGAUGUUCUUGGAAGAGCAUGAUUAUUACGAGUACGCUUUCAAGGCUUAUGAACGAGGAGUGGCGUUGUUCAAGUGGCCUCAAGUAUAUGACAUAUGGAAUUUAUAUCUUACAAAGUUUGUGAAGCGAUAUGGUGGAAAGAAAUUAGAGCGAGCACGAGAUCUGUUCGAGCAAUGUCUUGAGACAUGCCCAGCAAAGUUCACGAAGAAUAUUUUCCUGUUAUAUGCAAAAUUAGAAGAGGACUAUGGAUUGGCUAGGCACGCUAUGUCCAUCUAUAGUCGCGCUGCUGAAGCUGUAGAUAGAUCAGAUAUGUAUUCGAUAUUCAAUAUUUAUAUCAAAAAAGCACAAGAACUCUAUGGACUCCCUCAUACGCGACCAAUCUACGAACACGCCAUUAGCGUACUAGAGGAUUCGUCUAGAGAGCUAAGUCUACGAUAUGCCCAAAUGGAGCGCACACUUGGUGAAAUUGACCGUGCACGUGCGAUAUUUGCACAUGCCUCAGAGAUUUGUGAUCCAAAGAUCCAUGGCCAAUUCUGGGACACAUGGAUGGAAUUCGAGGUGAAGCAUGGCAAUGAAGAUACGCUGCGUGAAAUGUUGCGAAUCAAGCGAUCAGUACAGCAAACGUACAACACAAGCGUGAAGCACAUGUCAGCACAGUUGAUAGCAGCUGGAGCAGCAAAGUCUGCCGAAGAAAUCAAGUCAGCGAACGCCAUGCAGCUACUUGAUAAACAG